AUGUCAAAGUUCUCGUUGAAGGGUCGCGUCGCCGUCGUCACCGGCGCCGGUAGGGGCUGUGGCUUGGCCUUUGCUCAAGGCCUUGCAGAGGCGGGUGCGGACGUUGCCAUCUUCGACGUGAUCAACCCGGACCCUACUGCGUUUGAGCAGCUGUCCUCUGCCAAUGGUAUCAAGGCAAAGGCAUACGUCGUUGAUGUCACAGAUAUUUCAAGUCUGGAGAAGGGAUUCGCUGCCGUCGCUGCCGACUUCGACGGCAAGCUCGACAUCUUUGUCGCAUGUGCUGGCGUCAACAAGAAUGUGGAGUUCCUUGACACCACCGAAGAGGAUUUUGACAGGCUACACGGAGUCAACGUCAAGGGUCUCUACUUCUCGGCUAAGCUUGCUGCCAAGGCCAUGAUCGCGAAUGGCACCAAGUGUGGCAGUAUCAUAUUUGUCGCUAGUAUCGCGUCUCACAUGGCGAUCCGGUCACAGAGAUCGACAGCUUACUGUGGCACCAAAGGCGCUGUCAGAGCGAUGGUUGCACCCAUUGCUGCGGAGCUCAACAAGUACGGCAUCCGUGUGAACUCCAUCAGCCCUGGAUACGUAAGGACUGAGAUGACGGCACCCUUCCCACACCUUUUGGAGAGUUGGAAGGACGAAAUCAUGAAUGGUCGCGUUGCUGAGCCAGACGACAUCAAAGGCGCAUGCGUCUUCUUGGCCAGUGAUGCUAGUAGAUACUGCCAGGGCAGUGAUAUUCUGGUGGAUGGUGGUGUAACGAAGUGGUAG